AUGCACCAACACUCAACAACUGCAACAGAGGCAGUAACCCUAGCAGAAUCGAGGAACAACGGUGGGAAUGGUGCUCGUGGGAGAGCAUUUACGAUUGGAGCAGGUGAUGCAAGGAAAGAUGGCAAUGUCGUGACUGGUACGUUCUCUAUCAACGGUAUUUUAGCUACUGUAUUAUUCGACGCUGGUGCUGACUGGAGUUAUGUGUCUUUGAGAUUCAGUCGUCAGUUAGGGUUAACUCUAAUCCCUCUCGAAACCAAACACGUAGUGGAAUUGGCUGAUGGCAAGUCCAUUGAAGCCUCGCAUGUACUUUUAGGGUGUAAACUCAACCUUAUGGGUCAAGUGUUUGACAUUGACCUUCUCUGUAUCACUCUUGGUAGUUUUGAUAUAGUCAUUGGUAUGGACUGGUUGUCCAUACACAGAGCAGAUGUACUUUGCAAGGAGAAGAUCGUGUGUGUACCUCUCCCAAACGGGGAAUCAUUAUCUGUCCAGGGUUAUCGAAGCGGUGCAACCGUCAACAUCAUUUCAUCCAUGAAAGCCCAGAAAUGUUUAUGA